UCCAAGGUCCUCACGAGUGUUCAGAGCAGAAACUGCGGAUCUUCGAAGGACGCUGAAAGCUUUCAGAAAAACCCUAACAUCCGAGAUGGAGGGACCCACUUAUUCUUUGACAUACAAGGGUUCCAUUCCAGAUGCAAUUGCUGAAGCAAGAAAGCAGAAAAAACUUUUUGUUGUCUACAUUUCAGGUGAAGAUGAAAAUUAUGUCCAUUUGGAACAGUCAACAUGGGCAGAUCUAAGUGUGGCAGAAGCAGUAUCAAAAUGUUGUAUCUUCUUGCAUCUGAGACAAGGAAGUGUUGAUGCAUCACAGUUUUCUGCCAUUUACCCACAAAAAUCUAUCCCUAGUAUUUCUGCUAUUGGACUCAAUGGUGUCAUGCUAUGGCAGCAUGAAGGUUACAUCAGUGCUGAAAGUCUUGUAGAAAGUGUCGAGAAGGCUUGGGCAGCCCUCCAUAUGCAGGAAACAGCUAUGACACUUUUGACAGCAGCACUUGCUUCAAAGAAACCUGAACCUCUUAGUUCUCCUAGUGCUGCACCAAUUGAGCAAGGAGUUUCCUCUAGGUUGGAUGCUGCAUCAACUUCAGCAGACGAACCCAUGAAAUAUACACUGGCCAGCUCAUCAACUGAUUCAAAGCAGCAAUCAUUGGAGCAAGUUGGUGAAACAAGUCAUGAUAAAAAUGCCGAUUGUGGUGAAGAAACCUGUUUGCAAUCAGAUUAUUCCAAUGGUGCCAAGAUUAGUAGGGAUGAACAGUCAAGUUCAGCAACUGACACCAGUAAAGAAGCCCUAAAAUCCAUUGUCCGAGAUGUCGACAGCUCUGCUACUUGCAAUGAUGUCAGUGGUUCUACUGCACCACAAGAGAAGUCUAUGUUGGAUGAUAACAAUACCAUGGUUUCUACAGAGUUAGCUGGGGGGAUGACUAUAUGUGGUCCAGGUUCUUCUAAGAUAACAUAUAAUGAAUCGGAGGUAAAAGGUGAAGCUAAGAUUGUAGAUGGAUUGACUGCCUGUUCAAGUGCUGUAAAGUCGAACGACGUUCAUCUUAGUAUCCGUAUGCCAAAUGGGACCAGCCUUCAAACGAAGCUUACAUUAGCAGAUACUUUAAGAUCGGUGAAAAGCUUUGUAGAUGAGAACCGAGUUAAUGAAAUAGGCUCGUAUGAUCUAGCUGUUCCUUAUCCCCGGAAAUUAUUCAAUGAGCAAGAUAUGAAUAGAACAUUGUCGGAACUAGGAUUUGCUAGCCGGGAGGCAUUAAUUGUUGUUCCACAUCGUCAGGCUACUAGACCUCCAAGGGACCAACCGUCAUCAUAUGAUAGUCGUAACACUGAGAGUGGGGCUGGGUCAGGUGUCAGUGGUGGUGGAUAUUUUGAAUAUGUGAAAAGGGUUAUGUCCUACAUGAAUCCAUUCUCCUAUUUUGGAGGGGAUGCCAGCUCAUCAAAUUCUGAACCAUCACCAAGUGCUGGCUUAUGGCAGUAUCGUCCAAAUCCUGCUCUCCAGAAUCAUUUGUCGGGGUUAGAAGCUUCGCGCCGCUCAAGUUUCCCUGAUCAUCAAAACCCUCCAGCUGGUGAUGGUGCUAGCAACACUAGGAGAGCAAGUAGGCCAUUCGGCAGCAAUAUCCAUACUCUUAGAGAACAGGAGGAUGAAGGUCACUUCGAUGACAGAAACGUUUUCUGGAAUGGAAACUCUACACAGUUUGGAGGUGAUGAUAGGAGGUAGGAGUGUGACAUCCAGGUGGAAUUCGAAUAAGCAUGCUUCAGUAGGCUACUUUGCUUGCCCCGGAAAAGGUUUACUAGUCAAAGUGGAAAUGAAGGAAAUGAAACUUGAAAAAUUUUUAUCAGCUAGUUGCUAGACUCUUCUGAAGAGAUGCUAUUAUGUAUUGUACAUUUUUUCAACGGAUAAUGCUGUAAAGCUGCAUUGUGGAGUCGAAACUUUUUCGAGCAUGACUUUUUUCAUUGUAUUUAUAUCAUAUUCUCUUUUCCAUUUGUGUUAUCA